CGCGGUCCGGGCGCCGAGCGAGCCGAGCAGACCUCCCCCCGCGGGGCCGCAAACUUGCGCUUAGUCCGGCCUCGCCCGCCCGGAGAGGAGAGCGCAAGGCAGCGAGCGCCGCGGACCGAAAGGACAGUUGGACUGAAGAGAGUUUCCAGAAGCGCCCGUGAGCCCGGUUACUGGCGACCCAGUAUCGGGGAGGUGGAGGGGAAAGCAGAGGAACAGAGAGGGGCCUCACAGUGACUGGCUGCCUUUGAAAUGGUGACGCUGUGAAUGACUUUGGACUGUGACUCUUCUCAGGGAGAGAGAACCGCAGAGAUAAAAGCAGGCCGCCGGGAAGAGGAUGUUUUGAGAAGUGUUUCAGAGAAACUUCAAGUCGGUAAAGAUGGAAAACCAGACCGUAAGUGAACUGAACCAAACACAGCUUCAGCCAAGAGCAGUGGUGGCCCUAGAAUACCAAGUGGUCACCAUCUUGCUUGUGCUCAUUAUUUGUGGUUUGGGCAUCGUGGGCAACAUCAUGGUAGUCCUGGUGGUCAUGAGAACCAAGCACAUGAGGACCCCCACAAACUGCUACCUGGUGAGUCUGGCCGUAGCCGACCUCAUGGUGUUGGUGGCUGCAGGCCUCCCCAACAUAACAGACAGUAUCUAUGGCUCCUGGGUCUACGGCUAUGUUGGAUGCCUCUGCAUCACUUACCUCCAGUACUUGGGCAUUAAUGCAUCCUCUUGUUCAAUCACAGCCUUUACCAUUGAGAGGUACAUAGCCAUCUGUCACCCCAUCAAAGCCCAGUUUCUCUGCACAUUUUCCAGAGCCAAAAAGAUCAUCAUCUUUGUCUGGGCUUUCACAUCCAUUUACUGUAUGCUCUGGUUCUUCUUGCUGGAUCUCAAUAUUAGCACUUACAAAGAUGCUAUUGUGGUGUCCUGUGGCUACAAGAUCUCCAGGAAUUACUACUCACCUAUUUACCUAAUGGACUUUGGUGUCUUUUAUGUUGUGCCAAUGAUACUGGCCACCGUCCUCUAUGGAUUCAUAGCUAGGAUCCUGUUCUUAAAUCCCAUUCCUUCAGAUCCUAAAGAAAAUUCUAAGACAUGGAAAAAUGACUCAACCCAUCAGAACAAGAAUUUGAAUUCAAAGACCUCUAAUAGAUGUUUCAACAGCACAGUAUCUUCAAGGAAGCAGGUCACCAAGAUGCUGGCAGUGGUUGUAAUUCUGUUUGCCCUUUUAUGGAUGCCCUACAGGACUCUUGUGGUUGUCAACUCAUUUCUCACCAGCCCUUUCCAAGAAAAUUGGUUCUUGCUCUUUUGCAGAAUUUGCAUUUAUCUCAACAGUGCCAUCAACCCGGUGAUUUACAAUCUCAUGUCCCAGAAAUUCCGUGCCGCCUUCAGAAAGCUCUGCAACUGCAAGCAGAAGCCGGUAGAGAAACCCGCUAACUACAGUGUGGCCCUAAAUUACAGUGUCAUCAAGGAGUCAGAUCAUUUCAGCACAGAGCUUGAUGACAUCACUGUCACUGACACUUAUUUAUCUGCCACAAAAGUAUCUUUUGAUGAUACCUGCUUGGCUUCUGAAAUAACCUUUAGCCAAAGCUGAUUCAUGAAUGAGAAGAAAAUGGACCACAAAGUAAAUGAGAAUCUGUGCCGUUAUCAACCCAAGAGGAAACAGCCAGUACUUGUACCUGGAAACCGAGCAGAAAAAGUCUUUAGUAGUGCUCUAAUAAAUCCUGGCCCAAGAUAUUUUAACCCAUAGGAAUGAUUCAUAUUUUCCUUCUAGUAUCACAAAAUUGUUUCCCCCAAAAUGGAGCAGAUUUGUGAAAGAGCCAAAUGAUAGAAACUAAAAGUGUAGCUCUUUCCAUUUAAGUUGAGAAAUUCACUAUUUUUCUGGGGCUUCAAAGCUUAGAUAAAAUUGAGACACUGAUUUCACAUUAUUCAUAAUAAAUGUAAUUUCUCAAACUCCCCCAAAUUAUUUGUACAUUUGAUAAUUUGGCAAUGUUUCAAUGUUUGCAUCUAGCAUUUCACUUUAACACAGCAUAGUGCUAUUUCAUGAAUAUCUGAAACUACAGAGUAAAGUAGAAAAAAAAUUUAUUAAGUAAAAAUGAGAUUUCAAAUAUGUUCACUAUACAAAAAAACAAAAACAAAUGUCAUAAUGCUUAUAAAAUUCUGAGAUAAUUUUUUAAAUUCAAGUGUAGUUGGCACACAAUGUUACAUUAGUUUCAGAUGUACAACAUAGUGAUUUGACAGGCUGUAUACAUUAUGCCAUACUCACCACAAGCGAAGAUACCAUCUGUUGCCAUACAACACGGUUAUAAUACCAGCAACUAUAUUCCCUUGACUGUACAUCUCAUCCCGAGAGAAUUUUUUAUGUCUUAUAAAGUAGAUGUCAUCAUUCAACUCUAACGUAAAAUAAACCUCAAAAUAGCCAGAAUUAUAAGUUGAGAAGACAUGAAGAUUUGAUUUUUAGAUUAAUCCAGCUCUUAAGCAACUCUUUGAGCCUCUUAAAUGAUGAGUGAGACAGGAGAAAUAUCAGAUUAAGUAACUCUGAAGAUACAAACUAACAUGUAAGUAAUUAUUGAAAAGUAGAGCCAGGACAAGACCAAGUAUGUAAAAUAAGGGUUGGCUUUUUCUCUAAAAUUUUUUAAGGAAGAAAAUCCUUUUCGAGCAUUCUUGUGUAUGUUACUGAGCCAUGUCAAGUGAAUCUUUCUAGUGAAUCUAGCUUUAAAAGUCUGAAACAUUCUCAAAAGUCUAGUUGCUAUUCUAAGUCAGCCAAAGUCUGACUAUUACACUUCCAGAUGAAGACUCCCCACGGAGGAUAGAAGUCUAUGGAUUUUUAACUUGUCUGCAAUUGCCCUUCCUGCCUGCCUGCUUGUCAUUUGUAGGUUUGGGGUUUUUUUAGUUUAGUUUUUUUUUUUUUUUUUUAUGCAACUGAUAGUUUGUUUACAGAUUCUAAGUCAAAGCAAUGCAGAAUUCUGUUGGAUUUACUUUCAAUAGAUCUAAAACUGAUCUCAUCUCAUUAUUAAUAUCUUUUUCUAGGUAUGACUUAGACCUGCUAUUCUAUUCCAGUGAUUAUUUCAGGAGUGUGAAUGUGAAUCUGCCCAAGCCAUAGGGUCAAGAUCCAAUUUAGUUUCUUCCAGAUGGGUCACCACCUGGGAUAUAGCCAACCAGUAUCUCCAAGUGUAUCUCCUUGGUGAUGGUUCAAUAAUAAUUCAUGUACUGGCUUCCCCAGAUAAUGGUAUUUUCCCUCUUCAGCCUAUAUCCCUAUUUCAUGGAUUUUUUGGAAACCUAAUCACUGCUAACAAUUACCCCUCCCCACCUUAUUUAUAAAGCAUACAUCAUUUCUGUUUUGGAAACUUCAGUUUUAAAAUGCUGCUACACAGAGUGUCUACUAUCUAGAACAUCAGACUAGAAUAUGCUUUUGGGAAAACUGGUCUCGUCUACUCCAGGAAGAUAUUCUUAUCCUGUCACUAUAUGCAAGCAAACAAAUGCAAGCAAAUGUUUAUGGGAAAUACACUAAAAGUCUAUCUGCAUGACACCAAGAAAUCUAUUUUAACUGACUUUUCAUCCUGGAUUAAAUAUUAAUCUUAAUCUUAAAAUCGUAUGGAUAGAAGCACCAGAGUGACCCAACCUCAAAUCACACAGGCAUAUGUGCAGGUGCAUACAAACAUAUAUAUACAUGUACAUAAAUUACUUAACAGAAGGGAUUGGACUAUAUUAGCUUUUUCAUUAGGGAAAGGAACUGAUAUCAUUGAGCAUCUACUAUGUCUCAGCCUUACUGAUAGGUACGCAAACCACAUUAUCUUCAUCACAGUCUCACUACAGCUGUGAUUUCCCUGAUGAUAAAUCCAAGGAUCAGGGAUCAGGGAUCAAUGCAGCUUCUCUAAAUUGUGUAGAUAUUAAUAAGAGAAAAUGUAUCUUUCUUUUUUGUUUCCCUUUUUUUAAGCCAGCAUGCUGAUGGCAACUUGUGACCUGAUGGCCUAAAUAACUAAAAAAUAUAAAUAUUCUGCUGAGUGGUAAUAUUAGACAUUGAAAAAAUUACAGUUAAUUUUACAUGUCAUACAUGGAACACAAUAUGCUCUUCUCACCAUUGGAAAUUUAAUUUAAGGGCUCAGCUUUUCCAUUUCCACUUUUAAGGAGUUAUUUGCUAAUAACCUGUUAGUUUUAGACCACGUGGGAAAUUCGAGGGAGCAUAGUUCAUAGUGUUUCAACUCCAAAGCAAAUGCCAUUAUGAAAUUAAAUGUUCACAUGCAAGAUCCAAUAGAUAGUUGGGUUUACACAGAGGAGAUAUGGCUUUCUAAAGUAUUAUUUAUCACACUACUAAAUCACAAAGUAUUUCCUUAAAUCAUCAAAAUUUAAUACUCCAUCAAAUGAAAAAUUAAAAACUUGAAAAAGUUGCUGAUGGAGGACAGUAAUAUUAAGGGUCUCCUUUAAUAAAAUCCUUUGGGUUAUUUUAUUACUUCCAAUUCAAUUAAUUUCAGAGUGUCUUUGGCUAGAUCUUGCACCUGAGGUAAUUAGGUAAAGGUCACAGAUCACAAAUAAAACAAGCAAAUAUAAAUUACCUCUUAAGACUUCUUCCAUCAUUAUUGUGAGUGUAUUUCUAGAGCUUCACUCCAACACAAAUAUGCUGAAGAGAAAUGAGAAAAGUCCAAACCAUAUUCAUUCUUAAAGAAGCUAAGUACACAGAACAAUACACUUUGAAAAUAUUCCAAAACAAAUGGCUGGUUUGAGCAAAACAACUGGUGAAGUAAAAGGAAAACUCUAACCAUAAGGCUUAUUGUAACUGAAUCUUAAACUCCUGUCAUUUUCAGAAGAAUGUGUUGGAAUACUAUGGGCAGUAUGUCUUAGUAAAGCUGGGUCCAUACAAUUUUGGUCUGCUCUUAAAGAUUAAAAGAGUUAUCUCAUUCUACACUAUGUUCAAUCUGCAAACUUGAUAGAAGAGAGACAAUAUUAACUUUUUGGAAGAAAAGAAGAUUUUAAAUUGUCCCCUUAUGAUCCUGUGAAUUACAUAUGUACUAUAUUCAACAUUAUUUUUGCCUCUCAACUACAACUCAGAAAAGUGUUGGAAUAUUCAUAUAUAGAGUAAGGAAACUAGAUGUGAAAAAGAGCAUCCAGAAACAACUGGUCAAUCCCAGGUUCAAAGGAAACUUUUUUCAAAUGCUUGGAAUCACUCUUGGAAAAAGCAGAGGAUGAAAACCUCAAGCAAUUUGUUUUCUGUUUAUCUAUCAAAACCAAGACUUGGCUGAGGGAAUGUAUUUAGAAGAAUAUUCAUGAAGAAGUCUUAAAGAGCUCUGUAAUAACAAAUACAUUGUUCUCUCCUCCCCUCCUCCUUUCUCUCACUCCUCCUCCUUAUCAAACUCUUAUCUCUCCUAUAAAACAUGACUUUCCUUAGAGCAGGCAAUUUCAUCUGACUUCAUUCAAGACUAAACCUGGACAUGAACUCUCUUAAGGAAAAGUGUAAAUAUUCCUUCAAAUAUAUUUAUAUGUAAGAAAAUAUUUUGUUCUGAAACAUUUUCAUAUUUUCAUAAAAUCAUGUCUCAAGUAUGGAAAAAUGUAUACUUCUGACAUUUCUAUUUAACUGAAGUCCCUGUUUUCAUGGUGGGGCUCAGGUGUAGAGUUGAGCCACUCGAUGUGGCCUUUUCCUCACAGAAACAAGCAGAGGUUUUGCAUCUCAGAGCUUCAGUGAGACCCCAAUAGAAGAACACAUCAUAUGUGAAAAACUACUACAGAAAUGUGUUUAAGGGAACAAAAGACUCUUCCCAUUUCUAAAGAUCUCACAGUCCAAUGAGGACAAACAAAACCAAUGUGGCACCAUCUCAAGAUACAACUGUUGGCAAUAUUUAGAACAUGAAUUAGAGACGUCAAAAAUGUUUUAAAGAAGCAAUUGUUAAAAUAAUUUAUGUGUUGUGAUUCUAUUUUGUGAACUAUAAUUAGAAAUAGCAAUUGUUCAUUUCACUGAUUACACAGGGGGAAAAGGUCAGAUAAGGCCCUGUAAUAUUUUUUUUAUAUGUUUGGUCUGUAAGUAUAAUUUCAAAUUACUCAGCAGAAAAGCUCAUUUACAAAGUUGCACACUAGGGAAUAGUCUUGUUGCUGAGAUGGUUAGCACCAACAGGCUAUGCUGACAUAAACCAAAUUUUGGUGGUUCGAAUUUUGAAAUUCAAAUAAUCUCUUUUGAAAAGAGUAGCCGUGAAUGCUUGUAUACAAUAUUGUUAGGCCUGUUUACCAUCUUCUACACCAAAUGCAUUCAUGGGAAGUCCAAUCUGGGGUGAUUGAUUUAUGUUCUAGAAACAUGGUCUAGAAGAAUAGAGGGAUUCAGUGAAAUGGUGCGGCUGGGACAGCGCAUUGUCAGAACUGUCAAAUCUGGAUUCAGCAAGAUUAAAAAAAAAAAAGACAAUUUUGUGGCCAAUAAAGAGCAAAUUCACAUGAUCACCUGUAUGUCCUCAUGGAAGAACAUCUGCAUCAAGUCCAUACCACAGGCUCUCAACUAGAAUAAUGGAAAUGAAAGCACUUUGAAAAUUAUAAAAGAAGGAUAGGAUAAGCAGUGGAGUUAGCUAGAGCUCCUGCAAACUUAUUUGAGCCCCAAAGCAACACUCUUUAGUGAUUAUUUUGUUCCUCUCAGAAUAAUGGACUUAACUUGUAUGCAUAUGACUGUUCUCUGAAUUGCAGCAAAGGGAAUAUAAACUUUCUCAAGAAUGUUAUGGACUGAUGCUGAUAGACAGAGACUUUCCAAAAAAGAAAAACAGAUACAACAUGGUAUCAGAAUAAGAAUCUACCUAACUAGAGGUCUGAAUUUAGAAGUCAGUAAGAACAUUCUCUAUAUUCCUAGAAUGGCAUUAAAUUCUCUAGGAAAGAAGCCAAGUGUUAACACCUUAGCCAGGAAUAAUAAACCAGUCCCACUUUGGUACAUAUAAGAUGACCUGGAAGCUUAUUUUAAAAUACACUUUAUUUGGCCCUGCCCCAAGAGAUUCUCACUUAUUAUGGGAUUUUGAUGCCUUAGUCCUUGACCACACCUUGAAAACUACUGAGUCCUGAUCCCUCACUAGGACCUUUAAAGUCAUUAUUUACUUCACAAAUCGUAAUAAGCAACUAUAUGGAAAACUUCUUGUGGGUAAGCCUAUCUAAUCUUUGUACUCCACAAAUUAUUUAAACUUGGAUAAUGCCCCUAGGUAUCUGUUAAACUAAUGACCAAUCCCAAACUAAGGAAUAUAUCUUAAAUCUUCUGGUGAUGCCCAAUUUACCUAUAGAUCUGUCCUCACAAUAAGAUGACUAGUUCUAUUUGGGGUUUGGGUUUCUUUGUUUUUAAACACUUUUUCAGCUCAGUGAAAGGCACUGCAUUAAGUGUACUGGAUCAUAGAAUUAUCCCUUAUAUAUACAUAAUGCCUGAAAUUUCAAAAACAAGUCCACAGCCUAAUUUAAUAAUGAAAAAUAAAGGAGACCAACAUAUUCUUUCUGCCCUCUGGAGAUUAUAAUUUAGUGACAACAUACUAACAGAGAAACAUAUAAGAAAUAUAGAAUACAUAAUUGGAAGCCAAGUUGUAUGAUUUCAGACUACAAAUAACUGAGUGCUACAGAGAAAAGGAGGCAUUAAUGGGACCUGGAGUAAUCAAGGAGGACUUUGGAGGAAAAUUAGGACUUCUUUCAAGGAAGCAUUAGAUUCAGAUAUUUAAAGGAAAAACAAUACAUGUGGGAGAAAUAAGCUGAGUGGGGAUAGGGAGACACAAUAGAUCUUAGAGAAAUCUUCUGGACAUUAAGGAUAGCUACCCAAAACAUGUCCAUUUUAUGAGGGAUUAAUGAAGAAAGACAGCUAGUCCUUUAAUAUUUGCCACUACAAUAAAGCCCCAAGUAAGGGAAAAGUGAAUGAAGUCAAUUUAUAUCUGAUGAGAAAAUAUUCCACCCAUAUACUAUGAAUAUAAAGAGAAAAACAGCUUCUAGGUUAGCAUGUUUGUUUUCUAAUCUUUGUGAAUUUCAUUUAUUAUCUAUAGAAAAUAUACUACACUAUUUGUCUUAUAGGUGUUAUAAUUCUAAAAGUGUUCUUAUAGUCUUGAUUUUCCAAGUGAAAAAAUAUAUGUGUAUACACAUAUAUACAAAAUAUAUAUAUAUGUCUUUGUUUCUAUAUUAUAUUGUCACAAUAUAUUUAAAAGUAUUUAUACCUGUAUAUAUUAUUCAGGGGUCCUUCACAACUCUGGACUUAUCCAAUUAUGCUAAAUAUAGAAAUCAGAGCUAGCUCAGGGACCUAGGCCCUUCAUGAACUUAAACUUUAAGAUGAAAUCUAAAACUGAAGAGCAUGUAGUGUUUAGCUUCAGAUUACUUCUGACAACUUCAUAGACUUGCAUGUUGCUUAUGAUGUGCUCCUGAAUGCAUUGGCUUCCUUCUUAUCAGUUUUACAAAGUAGUGUGCUGACUCGCUUCAUCCCUUGGGAAUUCACUGUUGUGUCCUUGUGGGACAAAGACUCUUCUAUAAGAAAGUGCAGUAUUAUGUGUGCUGCUGUGGAAAACUAUGUGUCUGUUCCAAUAUGUGUACUGUGAGCAAUAAAGAAUCAAACUGAAA